CCCCUCACUAGUUCUGGCAUUACCGCUGACAGGGGAUUGUCUUUAAAAAGUAUUAUAGUGUCAGUUGCGAGCAAUUCGAUUUUCUUUGGCCCUCCUAAGACGACUGGCAGUGUUCUCCUAAGUGUCCUGCCACAAUUCGAUAACAAAUCUCCAACUGGGCAACGAGUUAUUGAGUUGGAUGAAUUUAUUCUUAGCCUCUCUGGAGAUAUAAUCUACUUCUCAGCGAUAUGUCGUCUCCCAGAGAGUAUGAUAAUGGAGAGGGGUCCGCAUCCCAGAAUUGUCGGCCAUCUCCGAUAACCACCUGCAUCCAGCGUUCAGGGUCUCCAGCUCCAGACGCCUCCGUCAGACAAGCUUCGAUCGCCCGGCUGGCGUCCCCAGUACCUUCGCUAUCGAGCUCAUUCCCAUCUAGACAGAUACCAAUCCCAGCCGUGCAAGUUACAGACACUGUACAAGAUCUUCGUCGAGUCGACAACCCUUCGUCUCUACCUGGUCCUGGGCAGUCAAUGAUUGCUUCUGCUCUUCAAGAUACCCUUGGUCGAUCUCCCCCACGGCUAGGAACUUCACCCAGACGUACUGCGUCUCCUGCUCUUCCCCAGAAUAUUCAGCCCAAGUCAAAUUACGGUUCGUUUGAUAACAAGCCUUGGAGAGAAGGGUCGGAAUACUCUGCGGGUCCGUACGAAGACCCUGAGGUUGUAAAAAGACAUUUGGUGCAGCCUUUUGAGGGUCGCGACACGCAAUCCUCGGGGGAUGUUGCGAGCGUUGCAGAUGACGAAUUUUCGAGCUUACAGCUUCAAGGGGGCGAUAUUACUAGACAAGUUUACCGAUGGGCCGAGGAUGCUGACGCAGGAGGUUCCGUGCGAAAACCUCUGCGAAGCAGGAGCUUUAGCCUCAACCGGCCGGUUCCAGAGGAUGAUACUAUGAACAUCAAUACCAUUCGUGUGCCUGGGGGCUUUCGGAGAGACUACUUGCGCCGAGCCGCCGGAAGCCCUCACCCAGGGGACGGCACAGGAGCACGUAUACCGUUCGCUCAACCUCAACUUCCCACAACCAGCUUCUUAGAGUUCUUAACCCUUUAUGGCCACUUCGCUGGCGAAGAGCUCGAGGAGGAUGAUGAAGUUCUUGGGCCCGACGAAUACUUCUCUUCCGACACUUGGGAUGAGGCGGAAGGCGCAGAACCAGGCGAAGAAUCUGCCCUCCUUCGCCCAGGGACGCCGGGCAGAAGAAAACGCAAGCCUCGCGGAGGAACUGGAACCAACACCAGGACUGGCGCUGCCUUACUUCUUCUCAAAUCAUUUGUGGGGACUGGAGUUUUAUUCCUACCAAGGGCGUUUUUAAAUGGAGGCAUGCUGUUCAGCAGUUUGGUACUCCUUGCAGUUUCAUUACUCAGCUAUUACUGCUUCAUUCUCCUAGUGAAUACGCGACUCAAAAUCGACGGUUCAUUCGGUGACAUUGGUGGUGCGCUCUUCGGAAAGCAUAUGCGUCGGAUUAUUCUUGGAUCGAUUGUACUAAGCCAACUGGGUUUUGUGUCCGCUUAUAUCGUAUUUACCGCCGAAAAUCUGCAAGCUUUUGUCCUUGCUGUUAGCAAGUGCAAGUCUUUCAUUGACAUCAAGUUCAUGGUCUUGAUGCAACUCGUCAUUUUCCUCCCGCUCUCGUUGAUCCGAGACAUUAGCAAACUCGGUUUCACUGCGCUCAUUGCAGAUUUAUUCAUCUUGCUUGGUCUUAUAUAUCUCUUCUACUAUGACAUUUUUACGAUAUCCGCACAAGGUGGCAUUGCGGAUAUUGUCUCAUUCAACCCGUCUACGUGGACUCUGUUUAUAGGAACUGCGAUUUUCACCUAUGAGGGAAUUGGUCUCAUCAUUCCUAUUCAGGAAUCUAUGAAACACCCCCAACAAUUCGCCGGUGUCCUGGCUGGUGUAAUGGUUAUAAUCACAAUCGUCUUCCUCUCGGCCGGUGCUCUCAGUUACGCAGCGUAUGGAUCCGCAACAAAGACUGUUGUUAUUCUCAACCUCCCGCAAGACAGCAAAUUUGUCAACGCUGUCCAAUUCCUUUACUCUUUGGCAAUUCUUUUGAGUACGCCUCUUCAGCUUUUCCCCGCUAUCCGUAUCAUGGAAAACGAACUAUUUACCCGCAGUGGGAAGUAUAACCCUCGCAUCAAAUGGCAAAAGAAUUGCUUCCGGUUCUUCCUUGUCAUGAUCUGUGCAUUCGUUGCAUGGGGUGGGGCAGAAGACCUCGACAAGUUUGUCUCGCUUAUUGGCAGCUUUGCCUGCGUUCCUCUAAUCUACGUGUACCCGCCUCUGCUGCAUUUUAAAGCCUGCGCGCGAUCCAGACGACAGAAAAUUGCAGACAUAGGACUUGCCUGCUUUGGUCUUGUCUGCUGCAUAUAUACUACCUCGUUGACACUCGAUAACUGGAUCAAUGGCGACAAUGUCAAGGCUCCAGGAUACUGUGACUCAUGAUGUGUGUACGGCAACUUGUUACAUUAGACUCUUCUUUGCCGUUGUUUGCCUUUUUUUUAGAGCCCCGGCGUAAAGAACGUGGCUCCAGCUCCUCAAUACAAUAGCCUGGGAUACAAGAACUUAGAUGAAACCCUUUUUCCCCGCUGACCUGUUUAAUAUACCACGACUUGUUUACAAUGGACAUGCUACUAGAUAGCCCCGAG